CCUCCAUCGACCGCCUCGUGUUUCCGCAGCCUCGCGACAUCAUCUCCGCUGCUGCUCUCUUCGGCCAAACCCUACGCACGCCGACGCUUUUUUUUAUUUCGAUUUCGACGCCCGCUGCUUCGCCCGCCGCCGGCUUCCCGCCACACACACUCUCUCUCUUUCAACUCUCGCUACGUCGGUAGAAGCGCAAACGAACCAAAAACAGCCACUCGACGAAAUGGCCGCUCGCGCACCCCCCGCUGGCCGACCGGGCCUCAACACUCGCUUCGCGCAGUUCAAGCUCGUCCUCUUGGGCGAAUCUGCUGUUGGAAAGAGUUCAAUAGUCCUUCGUUUCGUCAAGGAUCAAUUCGACUCGUUCCGGGAAUCGACCAUUGGAGCGGCUUUCCUCACCCAGACCAUCUCGCUCGAUGAGAACACGACGGUCAAGUUUGAGAUUUGGGACACGGCUGGCCAGGAGCGAUACAAGUCGCUGGCGCCCAUGUACUACCGAAACGCCAACUGUGCCGUCGUCGUAUACGACAUUACGCAAUCCGCAUCACUAGACAAGGCCAAGGCAUGGGUCAAGGAACUCCAGCGCCAGGCAAACGAAAACAUCAUCAUCGCCCUCGCCGGCAACAAGCUCGACCUGGUCAACGAACAGCCCGAUAAGCGGGCCAUUUCCACCGCCGAUGCCGAGGCCUACGCGCGCGAGGCCGGCCUCCUCUUCUUCGAGACGUCUGCGAAGACGGCCGAGAACGUGCGGGAACUCUUCACCGCCAUUGCGAAGAAGCUGCCCUUGGACCAAGUCGGACCCAGGCAUGCGCGACCCGGGCAGCGCCCUGGCGUCAGUCUUGCACCGGAGAGCUCCAACACCAACGCCAACGGACCAUGCAGCUGCUAG